CCUCCGCUCCUGUGUAGUUUCACACAUUUCGACAGCUCAAAGUUUUAUAAGCAAUACACUGAAGGAAUGCAGUAUCUGGGUUGAUGGCUUGACAUUCGUUAAAGAGGGAUUAUCAAAAUCUGAAAGUUCACUGGACAGCUGCUUAAUUCAAAGUACCUUGACUGGCGUCAGAAAGAAUGUCUUCAAUAGACCCCUAUCAGUAUAUUGUGGUAGAACACCAGUAUUCUCACCGGUUGAAAGUGACUGUGAUACGAGCUGAGAAUGUCACCAAGGGUUCUGCCCUGGGAGAUUUGUUGGACACUCCAGAUCCGUAUGUGGAGCUGUUCAUCCCAGCUGCUCUGGAGUUAAGGAAACGUACGCGUCACAUUGACAAUGACAUCCACCCCAAAUGGAACGAGACCUUUGAUUUCAUCCUGGACCCCAAUCAGGAAAACACCCUUCAGUUGACAUUGAUGGAUGCUAACUAUGUAUUGGACGAGACCCUGGGAACGGCCUCCUACUCAAUUUCUAAGCUCAAUGUGGGACAAAGUGAAGUGGUUUCCUUCUUGAUCGGCAAGUCAACCAAGGUGUACUUGGAGAUGUCCUUGGAAGUGUGUUCCACCACAGACCUGAGGUUCAGCAUGGCCCUGUGUGACAAGGAGAAGCUGUUCAGACAGGCGCGCAGAGACCGGGUGAUGCUGGCCAUUAAGAAACUGCUUGACACCGAGAAUAGAAAGCACCUGCCCACCUCGACCAGAGAGGUACCUACCAUCGCUAUUCUGGGGUCAGGGGGCGGCUUCCGGGCUAUGGUUGGUUUUUCUGGAGUGAUGAAGGCCCUGUCUGAUUCUGGAAUUCUGGACUGUGCUACCUACAUCGCGGGUCUCUCUGGGUCCACCUGGUACAUGUCCAUGCUGUACUCCCACCCGGAGUUCCCUGAGAACAGAGGCCCCGGGGAGAUCAACAAGGAGCUGAUGAGGUGCGUGAGCAACAACCCGCUGAAGCUGCUGCUGCCCCUGCACAUCCGGCGCUACUUCAAGGCCCUGUGGAGUAAGAAGGCCGCCGGGCAGCCCGUCACCUUCACGGACGUCUUCGGCAUGCUUAUCGGAGAGACACUCAUACCCGGGAGAAUGGACUCCAAGCUGAGCCACAUGCAGAAGAAGGUGAACGAGGGCCAGACCCCACUGCCCAUCUUCACCUGUCUGCAUGUCAAGCCAGACGUCUCCGAACUCAAGUUUGCCGACUGGAUGGAGUUUACACCAUACGAGAUUGGCAUGGCCAAGUAUGGCACCUUCAUGCCCCCUGACCUGUUUGGCAGUAAGUUCUUCAUGGGCAGUGUGGUGAAACAGUAUGAAGAGAAUCCUCUGCACUUCCUCAUGGGGGUGUGGGGCAGUGCUUUCUCCAUCCUCUUCAACCGGAUCCUGGGGGUCAAAGAUAACUCUGGAGGUAGCACCAUGGAGGAGGAGCUCGAGCAGAUCAAGCCACAGCACAUCUUGGGUGAGGAGUCCCAAGAAAAUGAUGACGAGUCUGCGAAAGCAGGGGGAACGGAGAGCCAGGACGCGCAGGAGGAGCUGCAGCGUAAGGCCCAGGCCAGCUGGACCAGUCGGAUGUUCACCUCCCUGGUAGGGGAGUCGACCCUCUUCAACACGCGCGAGGGCCGAGCGGGCAAGGUGCACAACUUCAUGCUGGGCCUGAACCUCAACACCUCCAUGCCCGUCUCGCCCUGCGGUGGCGGAUCGCACAUGUUCCAAACCCCGGAGGACGAAGCGGAUGCCGUCACAGACCCGGACGAGUUUGACCGCAUCUACGAGCCGCUGGACGUGAGAAGUAAGAAGAUUCACGUGGUGGACAGCGGCCUGACCUACAACCUGCCGUUCCCCCUCAUCCUCAGGCAGCAGCGCGGCGUUGACCUCAUCAUCUCCUUCGACUUCUCGGCCCGCCCAGGGGACUCCAGCCCACCCUUUAAGGAGUUACUGCUCGCUGAGAAAUGGGCUCGCAUGAACAAGCUGCCCUUCCCUAAAAUUGACCCCAAAGUCCUGGACCGCGAGGGCCUCAAAGAGUGCUACGUUUUCAAGCCCCGCAGGGAUGACAAGAAGUGCCCCACUGUCAUCCACUUUAUACUGGCUAACAUCAACUUCAGGGAAUUCAAAGCUCCUGGAGUGCCUCGGGAGACUGACAAGGAGAGGGAGUUUGCCGACUUUGACAUCUUUGAUGACUCCGAGAGUCCAUACUCAACAUUCAACUUCCAGUACUCCAACCAGGCCUUCACCCGCCUUCAUGACCUGAUGGAAUUCAACACGCUCAACAACAUCGAGGUGAUCAAAGAUGCGAUUAAGGACAGCAUUAGCCAGAGACGAGAGAACCCUUCUCGCUGCUCCGUCUCCCUCUCCCUCAGCGAGAUUGAAAACAAGAAAUUCUUGAAACGGAAUGGCAGCUCAGCUAAGCUCCCAUUCUGACACCACCACAGACAACUUUCUAUAUCCAUGACAAGACCUAAUGAUAAGCUUUUGGCUACAAAGACACAUUACAGCUCAUGGUUACCAACUACAGACUUGUCACUGUUUCGACAAAACAAGCCUUGCUUCAAGCCAACCUGGUUUCAGACAUCCUGCCUCAGGGUUGGCUAGAUGGCACAACUGGACUUGAAGUCGGGCUGGCUUUAAACUAGUGUUGUGGCUUUUGUUUUGAGCACUGUGAGUAUGUUGUGUUAAAGCACACCUUGUUUUGUGCAUUCCUGGUCUGUGAUCUAAGGUGGGGUGAUUGCACUUUAAUUGGCUUGCUCACUCCAUAUUCAUACAUACACACACACACACACACACACACACACACACACACACACACACACACACACACACACACACACACCAACUCACAUCCAUAACCCAAUACACAUUCCGCACAAGAGAGGGGUGAGACAAUGCCCCGGUAUUUUCUGUGACGGGCUGCCCAGUUUUGUGUCCCUGGCAUCGGCCAGUCACGGCAUGGUGUUGGCAAAGGAUCAAUGCUUUACCAAAACUGCUUCUACUGACUAAUGUGUAUCUACUGCAAAUCAAAACUGGAAACAUUUUGUUUGUUUAUUUUGAGUAAGUAAUAUCUAAUGAUAAGUCCCUAUAUUUAUGUAUUUAUUAGAAUUGCUGUUUCAAACAAACUGCUUCAAGGGUAUUUUUGGCUUUGCUUUUAUUGUGGAAUGUGUAAGAUUAAGGGCUUCCUCUUCUGUAUUUCAUUAGAUGUGGAAAACAAAGAUUUCUCUGAGGCUUUACUUUCCCUUUCCAGCCACGGAGUGGGGGGGGCAAAAAAUGCAUCCUCCCCGUCGGGGAAUUGAACCCCGGUCUCCCGCGUGACAGGCGGGGAUACUGACCACUAUACUAACGAGGAGCUGGUGCUUACGGUAGCACAGCACUCACUAUAAAAACACUGAAGCAAUCUGAAAUUCCAUUGGCCUAUAUCCACCCACGCUCUCAUCUUAAGCCAGCGCGGCAGUGGAGUGCUUGCACAGUUUCGUCCACCCGCCCUCACACUCCUCCCUCCCCCACACUGCGGAUGUGAAGCGGGGGAAGGGUUAGGGGAAUGCUUGUUUGCUCUUCUCACCGGUUCUAGUCGGUGAAUACAGCCAGUGUGUUUUCCUUCCUCCAUUCGAAAGGCCUGGCUGAAUAGAGUGACGCGACAGUGGAAAAUCGGGUGGUGGUGUUUGGAGUUGAGCAACCGUGUGAUUUCUCAGAGCUUAAAGCUGACAAUGGCUACGGAACACACAGGAAGCUUACUACCCCAAACGCGUUCCCCAUCGGGGUGGCCAAAUAAGGUGUCUCUUUCAGUAACCCUGCUACUAUAACCGUAUCAUCGUAACCUGUAAUAUGGCUCUGGUUAUUUCAUAACAGCCGAUACAGGUUGAAUACUGUCGACACGAGCCAUAUUUAACAGGGGCUCGAGGGUUUGCGGUAAUUUCUGAAGAGUCUGGAGGGUGUUUGACAUCUUGCUUUGUGAACCUGUAGUCUUAACACAGAGGAACUGAAUUGUAUAUGUGGUUUUCUCAAGAAAGCAACAUCCUACUGUACCUCAGAUGUGGUCACUUUUCAAAACAGGCCAAUGGGAAUGUUGUCAUUACACUUGGAUUUCACCUUGAUGAAACCCUAUCUACUAAACCUUACAUUCAACACCUUCCCAUACCUAAAAAUAUAAAAGUUAAUAACAAAUUGGCCAAAUAAUAUAUUUCCAAACAAAUAUGUGUUCAAAAUAUGAGCUUGAGGUUUGUAGCAUAGAACAUCAAGUAAUAUAAUACAAUUUGGUCCUUAAAAAGUCAUGAAUUAUUGAAGUAAAUUAAUCCGCUCUCCUGUUCAAAUAUAGCAGUUAUUUAAUUUAUGAUUAGUUUUUUUUGCUUGCUUCCCACAAGUGACAAGUGUUUUGCUCAUGUUGCGGUAAAACCACAUGCAAUUGUUACAAAGAAAAUUAAAUAAAAUGUUGGCUUCCAUACAAA